UCUAUAUGUGGCUCAGUGGAGCCAGGAUGCACUUGCUGUAACAGUGCAUUUCAUGACCAAGUCCUGGUGCAGGCAGUGCUGUGUUUAUUUGCUGGACAGACUGGGAUACUUUGUAACACUAGCAUCUCCUAGCCAGUUCACUGAAGACAGCGACUGUGGAUGUGAAAGAACUCAUCAAUCAAAAUGUUUAGCACAAGAAGGUUGAAGAAAAAGUCCCAAUCUGUGGAUAUUACCUCUGCGAGCUACAAUCCUCUGGCAGAUAUACCAGCACCACAAACAAGUAAGCUGCCACCUCUUGGAAAAUCGAUCUCAGAAGAAGAACACAACAACACCACCAAUGCGCAAAAGCGCCAUCCAAGGAGAGGGGAUCUGAAGAGAUGCUACACCAUUGAUACUGGGCAGAAAAAGUCCCUGGAGAAGAAAGAUGGGCGCCGAAUGUCCUUCCAGAAGCCAAAAGGAACCAUGGAAUAUACAGUGGAGUCGAGAGAUUCAUUGAACAGCAUAGCUCUAAAGUUUGACACAACGCCAAAUGAACUGGUCCAGUUAAAUAAACUAUUUUCCAGAGCUGUUGUUCCUGGACAGCUUUUGUAUGUACCAGACCCAGACUACAUUUCUAGCGUGGAGAGCUCCCCUUCUCUAAGUCCUAUAAGCCCUUUAUCACCAACAUCUUCAGAAGUUGAAUUUGAGAAGAGCACAGGCCCUGAUCACAUUCCCCACAAAGAAUCCACUUCCUCUCCUGCUUAUGCUGCAAUUCGUCCAUCCAGAGUUGUGUCCUCUACGUCUGAGGAAGAGGAGGCAUUCACGGAGAAGUUUCUAAAAAUCAAUUGCAAAUACAUAACAGAUGGAAAGGGAACAGUCAGUGGGGUUCUGCUUGUGACGCCAAAUAAUAUCAUGUUUGAUCCUCAUAAGACCGAUCCAUUAGUGCAAGAAAAUGGCUGUGAGGAGUAUGGCAUUAUGUGUCCGAUGGAGGAAGUGACUUCAGCAGCCAUGUACAAAGAAAUAGUCAAUAGCAAACUAAAGGAUUCAAUCCCUGUAGAUCUUGAACUGACCUGUAUGAGAGAAUUCUACAACUUUAAGAAAACCUCACAAGGAAAUACAAAUGACUUGGAUGCAAAAAUGUGGGAUGCAGGAAACGACAGUGCCAGUACUGCCCCACGGAGCACAGAGGAGUCUCUUUCUGAGGAUGUGUUUACAGAAUCCGAGCUUUCUCCAAUCCGAGAGGAACUUCUUUCCUCCGAUGAAUUUAGACAGGACAAAUCAUCUGGGGCAUCUUCAGAGUCUGUUCAAACAAUAAACCAAACUAUAGUGGAAUGUUGUUCAGCUAACCUUUCAGACUCUGCUGAGGCUUUACUUGGUGUAAAAGACCAUGUGGAUCCUUCUGGUAAUGACAGUGGAAUUGUUACUAAUGCCAACGACUUAGAAAAGAGUGAAGGUUCUUUCAAGCUGGACGAAGGAUUAGAUGAGGAGCUUACUGAACCAGUUACAGUACUGACACAAACCAAUGAAGGCCUAGAUGAUAAGGAUGAUUCCCACGCCAACUGUAAUGAGGGAGAGAGUGCACAGAACAUUCACCAAUCCAAUACUAGGGCCAAAAACCUUUCUAGAGAUGGAGGAAGCACAGAAAGCCAUACAAUGGAAUCUGGUGUGGACGAGCCGCCUGUGAAGUCAGUAGGAGACUCAGAAACUGAAGUGGAGGAGCUGCGCAAGCUGUGGAAAAACCUCACUAUGCAACAAGCCAAGCAACAAAGGGAAGACAUGCAGCAUGCCACCCAAAAAGAUACCAAACAUCAAAUAUCCGUCACAGAGAUGCACAGUGAGGGAGUUAGUUCAUCUGUUGCCAAAGAAAAGAGACGACAUCGAUCUCAUAAGUAUUUAUGCUUACGGGUUGGAAAACCAAUGAGGAAAACCUUUGUGUCCCAAGCAAGUGCAUCCAUGCAGCAGUAUGCCCAGAGAGACAAACUUGAAUACUGGUUUGCUGUUCCUUAUGAAAGGACUGAUCACCUGUACUCAUUUUUCAUUCAGUGGAGUCCAGAACUUUAUGCUGAAGAACUUGGGGAAUCCUCAAGAGAGCCAGGGUUUGUAGUUGUUAAAAAGAAUGAAGAACCUGAAAGUUCAGAAUGCUCUACAAACGAUUCAGCUGCAAGAUUAUGGGAGGUAGUAUCAGUGGCUGAGUACCACCGCAGGAUCGAUGCUUUAAAUACUGAAGAACUGCGUACUCUCUGCAGACGUCUAAAGAUUACAACCAGAGAAGACGUGAAUCCAAAGCAGGCCACAAGUAUUAGGACUGAUUUGGAACCUGAAACGUUUCGACCAAAUCUCAGUGAUCCCAGCGAACUUUUACAGGUUGAUCAAAUUGAAAAGCUGACGAAGCACCUUCCUCCUCGAACAAUUGGCUACCCGUGGACUUUAGUCUACAGUACCGCAAAGCAUGGGAUGAGCAUAAAAACGCUUUAUAGAACAAUGCUUGGAUUAGACACUCCAGUACUUAUGGUGAUUAAGGACAGUGAUGCACAGGUAUUUGGAGCUCUGGCAUCAGAACCUUUUAAAGUGAGUGACUGUUUUUAUGGCACUGGAGAAACCUUCUUAUUUACAUUUUGCCCGGAGUUUGAGGUCUUUAAGUGGACUGGGGACAAUAUGUUUUUUAUUAAAGGAGACAUGGACUCUCUAGCUUUUGGUGGUGGAGGAGGAGAAUUUGCUCUUUGGCUUGACGGAGAUCUGUAUCAUGGAAGAAGUCACACUUGUAAAACAUUUGGGAAUUCCAUACUUUCAAAAAAAGAGGAUUUCAUUGUUCAAGAUAUUGAGAUUUGGGCCUUCGAAUAAAUGUGAUUUAAUAAGGAGAAAGUGUCUUAACAUGAUGUUUCCUCAUUCUUGUACAGGCUUAAAAGACUUUGAAAUGCCCUAAUACAACUAACUAUUAUUAUGCCCUUUUAUUAUAUUUGUAUUUUUGUUAAUA